AUGGAGGCCAGCGGCGUGCAAAAGAAGCGAGGCGCCACGGUAAAGGCCUGCCUCCGUUGCCAUCGACGCAAACAACGAUGCGUGGGCUUCCCCGCCUGCUCAAACUGCGAAGCCGCCAACAUCCCCUGCAGCCGAAUCUCCACACCUUCCAUGAGACGUUUGGGCACACUAUCGAAGGAGGAGCUGCUCAACAGGAUCGAAAUACUGGAAAACCAAGCAUCUAGUCGAAUAACUUAUGACGAGGCGAGCCCGGUCUUGUCACAGCAGGAUGAUGAUUGGGAUCCAAGCUACGACUCAACCCAAGAGCCGCCCCCACAGGAGACGAGGCAAACUCCACGAUUCUCUCCCGAAAUUUCUACGACAUCACCCACAACAAGAGACCCUCAACAGAGCAGCAUCACCAUUACCAAUGAGCAACAAAAGACACGCCAUCAGGAGACGAUAUGGAAGACAGAUCCAGAGAUUCGACGGCAGAUAUUGAAGACAUAUCUAGAGAGCAUGCACCGACGCGUGCCCUUUUGCGAUUACACCGAGAUUCUUCAGACAAAUGAACUAGGCCCUGAUACUGCGGCAUCAACAGACGAGGAUUGGAUGAAACUGCUCCGACUCUACAUGUCCUGUGCCAUCGGAGCGGCAGUCAUGCAGCUCACUGGGGUUUCACCAGGACCACGCCCGGAAACCUAUUUCACCAGGGCACUGGAGAUUCGAGAUUCAAUUGGAGAGAUGGAUUUAGUCACGCAGACGGAAGUUCUUCUCUGGAUUGUUCUCUAUAAGCUCCGGGCUUGCUUCUCGUCCGAGGUGUGGUAUUUAAUCGGAUCUGCUGUACGGACAGCAAUCGACGCCGACCUCCAUCGCGAACAUCACUACACCAACCUAGCUCCUGCAGCUUCCGAGACACACCGGUGUUUGUUCUGGGCUGUUUAUGUCAUCGAGAGGAAUAUUUGUUGGUCUCUUAAGCGCCCGUUCAGCCUUUCAGAUCACGACAUAGACACCAGACUGCCUGCGCCGAGAACACAUCCAAUAUCCCUGAAUAGUGGCAAUGUUUUGCGGUCGGAACCACAACCUGAAUCGCAAAGACCACUUGAUACGAGGGUCUUUAUCUCCACAAUCCAGCUCGGCAGAGUCAACUCGAACGCCUUCACACAGCUAUACCGAGUUGAUCGGGAAUCGAUAGACCGCGAACAAAUUCCUCCCCUCCUCGACCGUUUAUACCAGUUUGAGGCCUCUUUACCGGAUUACAGUGCGCCCGAUUACGACUUUCUACAGCUACAUGUGAAGAAAUCAGUCUGCAUACUCAUCGAACCGCUACUCUCCACGUUACAUCACUCAGACUAUCUCAUCAAGACUUGCCUGGAGGCUGCGGGCAGCGUGUGCCAGUUGUUCAAAAAGCUUCGCCUCAAGCGAUGUCUUGGAUAUUCCUUCACAAUGAUUAACUCUGUCUUUGUAGCUGGUACGACUAUAUGGCUACAGGCUGACAUGCCCAGCUACGUGGUGUCCAAAGUCCCUAGCCUCUGGACUCCAGCAAGAGCCAAUGAUCUCCGCGUGUGCUCAUCAUCGCUAUAUGCGGCAGCCGAGAGAAACCCAGCCAUUCGAAAAUACUGUGACACCCUGGAUACUAUUAUAGAAGUGGUCUCGGAAUACGUCGAGCAAGUUUUGAGCACUCCUGGACCUUUCACUGGAACCGGGAGCACAAUCAGCUCUCCAGCUGAGGACAAGAGUCCCCGCAACGCCUUUGAGAGACUCGGCCAUUCUCUGAAGGAACUCAAAUUUGAGUUUCCUUCUCAUGCUUACCCGGAAUAUCGCUUAGAGGAUGGGCACUCGGAAGCGACAUGUGUACAUGCGGACCUCAACUUGGAUGCGAUUGGCAUCUUUGGAGACGUUGACUUGUCUUCGAUCCAGCAUUUAUUUAUGGUCAAUUGA